AUGUCUCAGUACUCAGGAAAAGGCCUGGCUGUGCCCCGCUCCUCACCACCGUGCCCUUCUCCUUCCCCACCCCAGAUCACUUUCUACGAAGGGAAAUGCUUCACGGGCAGGAGGCUGGACGUCUGCGGGACCUGCUGCAGCUUCCAGGACCGAGGGUUCCUCAACCGGGUCAACUCCAUCUGCGUCCGGAGCGGGGCUUGGGUCUGCUUCGCCCACCCCAACCUCCGCGGGCAGCAGUACGUGCUGGAGCAUGGCGAGUACCCCCACUUCCAUCGCUGGAACGGCCGCGGCGACCGCUUGGGCUCCUGCCGGCCCGUGGGGAUGCACGGCGAGCACUACAGAAUGGAAAUAUUCGAGGGGAGCCGGUUCAGCGGCCGCAGCAUGGAGCUGACUGAGGAUUGCGCCUCGCUGCAGGGGCAGGGCUGGGACAAGCCUGCAGUCAACGCCAUCAAGGUGUAUGGCGACGGCGCGUGGGUGCUGUACGAGGAGCCCAACUACCGAGGCCGCAUGUACGUGGUGGAGCGGGGCGAGUUCAGCAGCUUCAGAGCAUGGCAGGCAUGCAGCUCAAGCAUCCAGUCCGUCAGGAGAGUCGUCAACUACGUCUAGCUGAGCUCUCACCCCGCCACUGAGACCAGGCAUCACCCCCUUCCUGCCAUCUGGGCCCAGGAAUAAAUCGUUCAACAUCA